AAGAAGUUACUCAAGCAACGUCCGAGAUUUUACAAUCGGGCCUGUUUCACAACUGUGAACAGGUCGAUACGCCUUUGCGGUCAAUUUAUCCCUGCCAGGGUGGUGGCCUGAGAACACGGACCUUUAUCUAGGGCACAAGGCACCUCCAGUCCACGCGUGCCGCGAUAACCCCCCCACCCUCUUUCACGUAAUUUCAGCACGUUUUCCGCUUCUGGACGAGCAACCGCUCAAAACAAAACAGCUUUUCGGGGUUUCACAAGUGUGUGUGAGCGUGACUUGACGGGCAUGUGACUUUGAGGAGCUUCUCUAACAAGACCUCGGCGGCCAGAGCCACAGUAAGUGUAAUUGGCCGUCCACCCAUCGCGCUCUUUACGCGUUUUUGGGGCCAUGGAGCUGAGCUCGACGCUUCUCACCAUCGGGGGAUCCUACGGAUUCUUUCGCUCUAUCAACACCGGAGUUGCCCGACUACCUGUGCCGGAAGCUGCCCGCAGAAAUGCGCUUAAAUGGAACAACAUUUCCACGUCCUUCGUGCACAGCCUCGUCACCGCCAUAUGGGCAGUGCUUUGCUUUUUUGUGCAACCAGAGAUGGCUGAAGAUUUGAUCGAAACACACUCCGUGUUUUCUCACGCACUGGUGUCUUUUUCAAUUGGUUACUUCAUCUAUGACCUCUUCGACAUGGUGAGAUACCAGACGUUAAGUCAGUUCUGGGAGCUCGCCUUGCAUCAUAUCGUUGUGAUCACUUGUUUCGGCCUAUCUGUGAUGACGUACCGCUACAUUGGUUUUGCUGUGGUGGCUCUGUUGGUUGAGGUCAACUCGGUGUUCCUCCAUCUCAGGCAGAUCCUGCGCAUGGCCAACCAUGCCGCCAGCACCGUCUACCGGGUCAACAGCAUGAUCAACCUGGGCACCUACGUGGUGUUCCGCAUCAACACCCUGGCCUGGAUGACCCGUUGGCUGGUGCUUAACAGAGACAAAGUGCCUCUUAUGGCUUACACGUUGGGCAGUGUGGGCAUGGCCAUCAUGACGGUCAUGAACAUCAUUCUGUUUUACCGCCUGCUCAGGAGUGACUUCCUACAGAGCAGCACUCGGGAAGCCAAGAAAGAGAAGGAAACAUAGGGAGAAUUCCUUUGGUGUUUGAUUUGGUACAUUUCUUCUCCUCUUUGUUGUUGUUAUUCAGCUUCCCUACAUUUCUCCACUCUUCCACGUACUAAAAUUACACUUACCGCAUCACUGCAGGGACCCGCUUUGGGUUUUCCCAAAUGUAGCUUAUGAUGAGUGAAGCCCACAAGCACCUCCAUUUGAAGCAACACUUCAUGGCGUUAUUGUAUAUCAUCGUUUAUAUGACGUAUGGGUGUGGGCUUGUUCACCAUUGAAUGAAUUAAUCAACCAAAUCUAAUCUUUAUUUAAACUAGUUAUGCAAAGGUGAUGUAUUUUUUUGUUUUUAGCUUAACAUCAAGCCUGCUACCUCAGAAAGGUUUUAACACUUGUUUGCCUCUUUCAGUACAAGCAUUGUUAAUCAUUGUCAAAUGUGGCAUAAUAAAUCCCCAUAAUAUGAUAAGGGUGAAGCAUGGAUGAUUAUAUUUGGCCCAUGCACAGAAACUGAAAAUAUUCAGAGAAGUGUCAAUAGAAUCCCAUAAACGGCCCCGGUUGGAAUUCAGCAGCCAAAUGUCACCACCAUGUCAGCAAACAGGGAACCUGUGAAAUAGUCAAAAAUAAACCUACUGGUGCGAAGUACCAGUCUUAUAAUGGCCUGUAGAUGACCGCACACUCGGCAAUCACCUCAAUGACCUUAGGGAGACCCGCCCCCCUAAAAAAAUGGUUCUCAGGUGUCUUAAUAAAAGGUUGGUAAUAUUCCUACAUUAUAGAAAACGGGAGAUAAAAGAACUACGGCACAUUUAAUAUUCACAUGUCACACUUUUUGACAUCUGGUUAUGGAGUGCACUUCUGUCUCAUGCCAAUGCAUUUAUUUUUUACCAUGCUAACCAGAAUAUAAGCUAGAGACAAAAUGUGGAGCUACUCUGUGCUGCCAAUUUAGCGAAUUCUAAUCUAGCCCGUUUUUGUGGGGUUAUACGAAAGUAAUACGACUUUGCCUCCAGACUGCGUUUGCGCAAAGCCAGCACUGGUUAAUUGACACAUGGUUUCAUUUCAAGGCAUGCUCGAUGCCAGAAACUAAAAUAUUUCAAUACAAACUAUCAAAUUCAAAUUUACCCUUUAAAAAGAGGAGAGGUGACUUCCCUUUGCGAAUCCUUAGUGUUUGUAGAACUGUUUGAUUACUUCUGUUAAUUGAAGAGUUAAAUGCCAAGUUUAGAGGAUCAUUUUGGAAUAAAAACGUUUUUUAGCAGUGGCGAAGGACUGAACUCUGCCUGCCAGUCUGACUAAUUGGCACAACCCAAAAAGCUUUAUAAUUACAUGUACCACAAAAUGACGACAAAGCACUUAAAACGGGAAGAUGACCAAACAUCAACACCAUGCAGCUAACACACAGGUGUCAAACUCCAGUCCUCGGGGGUCGCAUUCCUGCAUGUUUUCGAAGUGUUCCUGCAGGAGCCUGAUAAUGAUCCUGAUUAAUUGAAUCGGGUGUGUUUAAAUGAGGGAAACUUAGAGAAUAUGACCUCCAAGGACUGGAGUUUGUCAAUAAUGAACCCAUGUAACACCAACAACAGUAUUCAAGUUCACUCAUUCAACACAACCAAACCACCUUCACAUGACAGUCAUCAAAUCAUCAGUCAUACGUAAUCUGCUUUGGCCUGAGAACAGAAGCAGCAAAUUUAAUUGUAUUUUUGGUUUUGGGGUUAAAUUGUGGAUAUUUGUAAUUUAUUUGUUCUUAAAGAAAACUUCCGUUACAAAUUAGCCGAUUGCUUAAAGCAUUUGAAACUAGCAAUCGUACUUGUGUUUAUGUUGCCUCAUAGCAACUUUUUUUUUUUUUUAAUCAAUCUAUGUGUUGCUGUUAAAGGACGAGUCCAUCUAUGUAUGUGCGAACCCACUGCCACAGAAGGACUAGAAAACCGAAGCUGCUCUUGACUUGCAGUUGUCCACGUGAAUGGAAACGCUAUACAGUGUUUAUCACAGCAGCCUUAUAUAAAGAUCAAUAUACUGUUAUUUGAUUAAAAAAAACAAAAACGUUUUUAGUACACUUACUAGGCAGUGGACUGUACCUCUUUCGACCAGUGUAAUGUAAUUGCCAUUUUUGUGUCUGUGAGUCUGAUUGCACCCUCAUUGUGAUGUAUUGAUGAUUGGCAGCCAAAUUGAGAUACAUUAUUUAAAGUUGUUGAAGUUUUGGCAACAUCAACAUUGUGAGAAUAUAUGAUCAUUUAAGACGAUUUCCAUGCAUCUUUUCCAACAUGCAUAAUGACUUGGUUGAAAUUAUAUUUUCAAUACUGUAUUUAGUUAAUAAAAAUUGUUUUAUUAUCUAAAUAUCAUGAAUAUGAUGUGAAAAAAUAAUGACACCUCAACCUUUUUUAGGGGUGACUACAGUGACAUGCAUGAGGGAUCUCAUGAAUUACAAAGCACAAGAUACCAGUCUAUCCGCUAGCAACCUAGCUCUGCUCAGUGUAAAUAUUACUUACUUCUUCUGGCACAGAUUAUUUUGUAUCUCACACUCCCAAUUUAUGUUUAUAAAAAACAUGAUUUCGUGUUACAAUAAAGAGAAUCAUUCUA